GGGAAGGGAAGGGAAGGGAAGGGAAGGGAAGGGUCACCUGGGCUGCCCCAUUGCUCCAAAGCAGAGCCAGCUCUUUUGGAAAGCAUCACUCGAGUGCUGUUGCAGCUCAGGGCACAGCAAAUUCCCUCCCUGGGCUUUCUUGUCCAGGUGUUUUUUUUUCUCCCUGGCUGCAAUUCCAGCCCAGAACUGUCCUGUGCAUUCUGGAACUUGGAAUUCUCUCAUUCUCUUCCCUUUUGCUGCUCCUUUUUAUGAUCAGACAGGAGCAGGGAAAUCUGUGAGGGUUUGGAGAGAAAGGAGCAGAGACAGGAGCAGGGAAAUCUGGAAAGGUUUGGGGAGAGAUGCAGGGGAAUAUGGGAGGGUUUGGAGAGACAGGAGCAGAGACAGGAGAAAUCUGGGAGGAUUUGGAGAGGCAGGAGCAGAGAUAGGAGCAGAGAAAUGUGGAAAUGUGGGAAGUUCUGGAGAGACAGGAGCAGGGAAAUCUGGAAAUCUGAAGCUUUGGAGAGACAGGAGCAGAGAAAUGUGGAGAUCUGGGAGGGUUUGAAGAAAUGGGAGCAGGGAAAUGUGGAAAUGUGGGAAGUUCUGGAGAGACAGGAGCAGAGAAAUCUGGGAGGGUUUGGAGAGAUGCACAGAAAUGUGGAAAUCUGGGAAGGUUUGGAGAGAGGAUCAGGGAAAUGUGGGAAGCUUAGAAGAGACAGGAGCAGGGAAGUGUGGAGAUCUGGGAAGGUUUGGAGAGACAGGAGCAGAGAAAUCUGGGAGGGUUUGGGGAGACAGGAGCAGGGAAAUGUGGGAAGGUUUGAAGAAACAGGAGCAGGGAAAUGUGGGAAGUUCUGGAGAGACAGGAGCAAAGAAACCUGGGAAGGUUUGGAGAGACAUGCAGAGAAAUGUGGAAAUCUGGGAAGCUUUGGAGAGAGAUGCAGAGAAAUGUGGAAAUCUGGGAAGGUUUGGAGAGACAGGAGCAGAGAAAUGUGGAAAUCUGGGAAGCUUUGGAGAGACAGGAGCAGAGAAAUGUGGAAAUCUGGGAGGGUUUGGAGAGAGGAGCAGGGAAAUGUGGGAAGCUUGAAGAGACAGAAGCAGAGAAAUCUGGGAAGGUUUGGAGAAACAGGAGCAGGGAGAUAUGGAAAUGUGGGAAGUUCUGGAGAGACAGGAGCAGAGAAAUCUGGGAGGGUUUGGAGAGAGGAGCAGGGGAAUGUGGAGAUGUGGAAAUGUGGAAUCUGGGAGGGUUUGGAGAAACAGGAGCAGAGAAAUCUGGGAGGGUUUGGAGUGACAGGAGCAGAGUCAGGAGCAGGGAAAUUUGGAAAUGUGGAAAUCUGGGAAGGUUUGGAGAGAGGAGCAGGGAAAUGUGGGAUGGUUUGGAGAGACAGGAGCAGAGUCAGGAACAGGGAAAUGUGGGAAGGUUUGGAGAGAAAGGAGCAGAGAAAUCUGGGAUGGUUUGGGGAGACAGGAGCAGGGAAAUGCGGGAAGGUUUGAAGAGACAGGAGCAGGGAAAUGUGGGAAUGUGAGAUGUGGAAUCUGGGAGGGUUUGGAGAAACAGGAGCAGAGUCAGGAGCAGGGAAAUGUGGGAAGGUUUGGAGAGAAAGGAGCAGAGAAAUCUGGGAUGGUUUGGGGAGACAGGAGCAGGGAAAUCUGGGAAGCUUGAAGAGACAGGAGCAGGAAGAUGUGGAAAUGUGGGAAGUUCUGGAGAGACAGGAGCAGAGAAAUCUGGGAGGGUUUGGAGAGAGGAGCAGGGAAAUGUGGGAAUGUGGAGAUGUGGAAAUGUGGAAUCUGGGAGGGUUUGGAGAAACAGGAGCAGAGAAAUCUGGGAGGGUUUGGAGUGACAGGAGCAGAGUCAGGAGCAGGGAAAUUUGGAAA